AUGUUCAAACGAAAGACGAAGAGCGAGGCCGUAUCCACCACUUCCAACCUUCACUCACCAAAGACUCACCCAUCAACAACAAGCAAAGGACAACCCACUUUUCAAACGGAAGACCUUGAAAAACGCUUCUCCUCUCUCACACACCUCAUCUACAACACUCAAACCAAAGUACAGGAUCUCGAUGAACAUGUGGCACCCUUCCUUGAUGAACACGUUUCCUACGAAGAUCCUUUCCAAUUCGUUUCUGGAAAAAACACAGUCUUGACUCAACUCAAAGGUUGUCACUUGUCCAUGUUCUUUGAAUCCAAAAUUGAACAACUUGAUAUUCAAAUGAAAGAAAACCAAGAGGGAGGAAGAGUACUCAUCGAUGCCUGGAUGAAUAUGAAUCAGUUCAAAUGGAUCAUUGGAACAUUUCCCAUUCGCACCAUUCUGGUCUAUGAUUUUGUCAUGAUCAACGAAGGUUCUUCCUUUCUCAUUACCAACCUUAAAGAAAUGUGGAGUUUGGGAGAUGUGAUUGAACAGAUACCAUUCAUUGGAUGGUGUUUCAACCUGUUUCGACAUGGAGGUGGAUGGUUCUUUACCUUCUUCUUUUUCUUGUGUUCGGUGGUUAUGAAAUGGUUGCAUGUCAUGUUUCAGAUAAAUAAUAGAAAGACAGGAAACGUGUGGAAAAAAGUAAAACAGUGGGCAAGUCCAUCGCUCUCUGAGAAGUCGACUCCAUCCAACAAGCCUGUAACACAAUCUGCAGAGAAAGAUCAAAGAUGA